CAACCGAUUCGGGUUCGGAUCCGGAUCCGCUCGGUACCGCCCCCUCGGCCGUUCCACUGCGGCGGUGCGCGGGGGGUCCCCCGCAUCCCAAAUGGUAGCGCCCGCCGCCCCCGCCAGCGCACCCGCAGGAUGGCGCGGGCCAAGCUGCAGCACUCCCCGUCCGAAGGCAAGGCGGGCCCGGGGGGCGCCCCGGCCGGAGCGCCGGGCCCCGAGGAGCCGCACGGGCUCAGCCCGCUGCUGCAGGCGCGCGCCGGGGGCUCGGUGGGCAGCGACGUGGGCCAGAGACAUCAGGUGGAAGAUUCCAGCCUGGACUCCUCCCUGCCUCAGGUCCAAGUAGAAUUUUAUGUCAACGAGAACACAGUCAAGGAGCGGCUGAAGCUGUUCUUCAUCAGGAACCAGCGGUCCAGCCUGCGGAUCCGGCUUUUCAACUUCUCACUGAAGCUCCUCACGUGUCUGCUCUACAUUGUUCGUGUCCUGCUGGAGGACCCAGCCCUGGGCAUCGGAUGCUGGGGCUGCCAGAAGCAGAAUUACACCUUCAAUGAGUCAUCUUCAGAGAUCAACUGGGCACCCAUCCUGUGGGUGGAGAGGAAGGUGGCACUAUGGGCCAUUCAGGUCAUCGUGGCCAUGAUCAGCUUCCUGGAGACAAUGCUGCUCAUAUACCUCAGCUACAAGGGCAACAUCUGGGAGCAGAUAUUCCGCGUAUCUUUCAUUCUGGAGAUGAUCACCACACUGCCCUUCAUCGUCACGAUAUUCUGGCCGCCACUGCGGAAUCUCUUCAUCCCUGUGUUCCUCAACUGCUGGCUGGCCAAGCAUGCCCUGGAGAACAUGAUUAAUGACUUCCACCGUGCAAUCCUUCGGACACAGUCAGCCAUGUUCAACCAGGUGCUCAUCCUCUUCUGCACCCUGCUCUGCCUGGUGUUCACAGGGACUUGCGGGAUCCAGCACCUGGAGCGUGCGGGUGAGAACCUGUCUCUGCUCACAUCCUUCUACUUCUGCAUCGUCACCUUUUCUACUGUGGGCUAUGGGGAUGUCACCCCCAAGAUCUGGCCCUCGCAGCUGCUGGUGGUCGUCAUGAUCUGUGUAGCCCUGGUGGUGCUCCCGCUGCAGUUUGAGGAGCUUGUGUACCUGUGGAUGGAGCGGCAGAAGUCGGGGGGCAACUACAGCCGCCACCGGGCACAGACUGAGAAGCACGUGGUGCUGUGUGUGAGCUCGCUCAAGAUUGACCUACUCAUGGAUUUCCUCAACGAGUUCUAUGCGCACCCAAGGCUCCAGGACUACUAUGUGGUCAUCCUGUGCCCCACGGAGAUGGACGUGCAGGUUCGCAGGGUGCUGCAAAUUCCGCUGUGGUCCCAGCGCGUCAUCUACCUCCAGGGCUCUGCUCUCAAGGACCAAGACCUCAUGCGCGCCAAGAUGGACAACGGGGAAGCCUGCUUUAUCCUCAGCAGCCGCAAUGAGGUGGACCGAACAGCGGCAGACCACCAAACCAUCCUGCGUGCCUGGGCGGUAAAGGACUUUGCCCCCAACUGCCCACUGUAUGUUCAGAUCCUCAAGCCUGAAAACAAGUUUCAUGUCAAGUUUGCAGACCAUGUGGUGUGUGAGGAGGAGUGCAAGUACGCCCUGCUGGCUCUCAACUGCAUCUGUCCAGCCACAUCCACGCUCAUCACGCUGCUCGUGCACACGUCCCGUGGCCAGGAAGGGCAGGACUCCCCUGAGCAGUGGCAGCGCAUGUACGGCCGCUGCUCGGGCAACGAAGUCUACCACGUGCGCAUGGGCGACAGCAAGUUCUUCCGAGAAUACCAGGGAAAGAGCUUCACCUACGCCGCCUUCCACGCCCACAAGAAGUAUGGCGUGUGCCUCAUGGGGCUGAAGCGUGAGGAGAACAAGAGCAUCCUGCUGAACCCGGGCCCACGGCACACACUGUCCGCCUCUGACACAUGCUUCUACAUCAACAUCACCAAGGAAGAGAACUCAGCCUUCAUCUUCAAGCAGGAGGAGAAACGGCGUGCAGCGGGCCCUGCUUGGGCAGGCUCAGGGCGAAUGCCUGUGCACAGUGCCAUUGCCUCCAUGGGGACUGUGGCCAUGGACCUACAGAGCGCUGAUUGCCAGCCAGCACCUAGCAGCAGAGGCGGGAAGCUGGCACUGCCAACAGAAAAUGGCGCGGGCAGCCGGCGGCCCAGCAUUGCACCGGUCCUGGAGCUGGCAGACAGCUCAGCUCUGCUGCCCUGUGACUUGCUGAGUGACCAGUCAGAUGAGGACGAGACAACGCCAUCCGAGGACGAGGCGCUACCAGCUGUAGAGUACGUCAAGGGCUACCCCCCAAACUCACCAUACAUUGGCAGCUCCCCCACCUUGUGCCACCUUCUACCCGUGAGGGCGCCCUUCUGUUGCCUUCGACUAGACAAGGGCUGCAAACACAACAGCUCAGAGGAUGCCAAGGCCUAUGGCUUCAAGAACAAGCUCAUCAUCGUGUCGGCCGAGACAGCAGGCAACGGGCUGUACAACUUCAUCGUGCCCCUGCGUGCUUACUACCGUGCCCGGCGUGAGCUCAACCCCAUUGUCCUCCUGCUUGACAACAAGCCUGACAACCACUUCCUGGAGGCCAUCUGCUGCUUCCCCAUGGUCUACUACAUGGAAGGAUCCGUGGACAACCUGGACAGCCUGCUGCAGUGUGGCAUCAUCUAUGCCGACAAUCUGGUGGUGGUAGACAAGGAGAGCACCAUGAGUGCUGAGGAGGACUACAUGGCAGAUGCCAAGACCAUUGUUAAUGUGCAGACCAUGUUCCGGUUGUUCCCCAGCCUUAGCAUCACCACGGAGCUCACACACCCAUCCAACAUGCGCUUCAUGCAGUUCCGAGCCAAGGACAGCUACUCCCUAGCACUCUCCAAGCUGGAGAAGAGGGAGCGUGAGAACGGCUCCAACCUGGCCUUCAUGUUUCGCCUGCCCUUCGCUGCUGGCCGCGUCUUCAGUAUUAGCAUGUUGGACACGCUGCUGUACCAGUCAUUUGUCAAGGACUACAUGAUCCCCAUUACCAGGCUGCUGCUAGGCCUGGACACCACGCCCGGUUCCGGCUACCUCUGCGCAAUGAAGAUCACAGAGGCAGACCUGUGGAUCCGGACCUAUGGGCGCCUCUUUCAGAAGCUGUGCUCGUCCAGCGCCGAGGUCCCCAUUGGCAUCUACCGCACCGAGUGCCACGUCUUUUCUUCCGAGCCUCCCGAUCUCAGAGCCCAGGUCUCUGUGAACAUGGAGGAGUGCGAAGACACGCGGGAGGAGAAGGGGCCCACUGAGCCAGCUGAGCCCCCGCCUCCACCACGCCGCAAGAGCCUGCAGUGGGCACGGAGGCUGAGCCGCCGGAGCCCCAAGCCUGCGGCCAGGUACGUGGCGGAUGCAUGGAGCCAGGAGAGGCUCAGCCUGUGCCGCCGCUCAGAGCGCCAGGAGCUGUCAGAGCUGGUGAAGAACCGAAUGAAGCACCUGGGGCUGCCCACCACAGGCUACGAGGAUGUAGCAAAUUUAACAGCCAGUGAUGUCAUGAAUCGGGUAAACCUGGGAUAUUUGCAAGAUGAGAUGAACGACCAGCAGAACACGCUGUCCUAUGUCCUCAUCAACCCCCCACCAGACACCAGGCUGGAGCCCAAUGACAUUGUGUACCUCAUCCGCUGUGACCCCUUGGCCCAUGUGGCCAGCAGCACCCAGAGCCCGAAGAGCAGCUAUACCCACAAGCUGGCAUCCUGUCACCCUGCGACGCACGACGAGACACAGCUCUGAGCCAGUGGCCCUGUCCCCACGUGGGACGGACUUGACUGCAGCUGUUUUUAACCGUUUCUACCGACCUUGACUAUCUGUCUGCACAAUAUACCAUAACUCGUGACUAGGCUGGAUGGAGGCAACCCCUGCGCAUGUCUGGACUCAGGGCUCUCGGCCCAGCCAGGCUUCCAGGAUGGGGCUGCUCUGGCCAAGCCCAAAUGUUUGAGGUCAUUCCACCUUCCCCAAGGGGCCCUGUUGGUCUUGGACACAUGGGGAGGGUUGAGGGGGGGGGGUCUCAUGGGAACUGGUGCUGAGCACGAAAGAGACCCCUAGAGGCCACAAACUCAGUGACCCAGACUGGGGAGAUGUUCGUUCUCAGGUGGACACUGCACCGCCUGCCACCAGGACUGGCCAGGUGAGCCCCAACUCCCAAGCACAAGGCCAUCAGGGCCCAGUGAGGGGGUGUAGACAGCCCCCUGUACUUGGGACCAAUUUUGCACAGCAGGUGCUGACUUGCAUUAAAUGGAUUUGCUCUGCAAAUUAAA